ACUAGCCUCCUCUGGUGUUAUCAUCAAAUUCAGCAAUAAUGGCUGUGUCGGGUGUUUGCUUAUUCCCCUUAGCCACACCAACAACAACACAGAGGCCUCGCCCAAGUCUCCUCUUCUUCUCUGCAUACACAUCCUCUUCUUAUUCCCACAAAUUCACAAGAGAAUCAAAAGACACUCCUAAAGAUUACCCCUCAAUCUGUUUGGGAAAGAGAAUGCUCAGCCUCUCCAUUGUAGCACUUGUCUUUGCUUCAUCACCAAUAACCACCAGCAUUUCUAUAGCCAUGGCUGAAGAUCUUCAGCUUCAAAGAUACACUGAUUCGAAAGAGGGUUUCACUCUCCUCACACCCCCUUCUUGGAUUAAGGUUGAUAAAGCAGGGGCAACUGUUCUGUUUGAGGAGCCAAACAAAGGAGCUAACAAUGUUGGUGUUGUGGUUAACCCUGUUCGUCUUACCAAACUUGAAGAAUUUGGGAGUCCUCAAUUUGUUGCAGAUAAGCUUGUUCAAGCUGAAAGGCGCAAGGAAAGUACAAAGGACGCUGAGGUAAUUGCAGUUUCAGAGAGAUCAGGCAAGGGAGGCCUACGAGUGUAUGAGUUUGAGUACAAAGUUGAUAGCACCAGAGGAGGGCUAAAAAGGAUAUUUUCAGCUGCAUUUGUGGCCUCUAAGAAGCUCUACAUCCUUAAUAUUGCCCACUCUGACAAACCAGAGAGUCCUCUGGACAUGAAUAGAAGAAAGAUACUGGAACAAGUUCUUCAUUCCUUUGAUGCUGCGCCUUCAACAUGAAUGAACAUCACUGUUCAUUCUUUUGUCACAAUGAUUUCAUUCUUUACACUUCUGCUCUAGUGUUCAAAGCCAAAGGUGCUAAUGCUUGAGCAUGGUAAAUGACAUCGGUGUCUUUGCAUGGUAAAUAAUGAAUGAAUGUUCGCAUUCUUGUCAAUGUUAGUUUCAUUAGUACGAUGAGGAUCCUUCCUAUGAUUCUCUAACUUGAUACAUUAUUUUGUUCAAUAUUGAAAUGGGAAAUACCCAAAUAAGUAGAGAGGGAUUUGUAUAUCCGAUGAAAUUGUAUUGGACAAUUCAAUUUGCUUUUUGUUUUUUGGCCCAUCCAAAAUACAGUUUUGGACGGCUAUUUUAGUGUGUGCUUGAUUUCCAUCUAUAUGCUUGAAGUAGUCAGUUUAAUCAUUUUUUUGUCUGCUUUA